CGGUUUGCACACAUUCUCAUGAAUCAUGAGAGCUUUUAGAUAUAUUUUUAAUUUUAUUUUUUUGUAUAAACAAUUCAUAAAAUGGAAUUUAGUUGAACGGAACAUUAAACAAAUCAAACACAUAACAAAAAAACGCAAAAUUCUCUUAAUAAAAACAAUUCUAAAGGGAAAUUUUAAUAAAAUAUUUUUCAAAAUUUAAUAAAACAUGAGUGAUACAACUGGAAUUUAUGAAAAUGUUAUUUAUAAAAAAGUCAAAACCAAUGAACAACAACAGCAACCUGCCAAAAAUCUACUACAACAGACUCAGGAACAGGUAGAUGAAUUGGUAGAAAUCUUACAUGAUAAUGUUGACAAAGCUUUGGAACGUGAAAAUAAACUUUCGGAUUUAAAUGAAAUUUCCGAAAAUUUGGAAAAACAAGCAAGUGAAUUUAAAACUACAGCUGUUGUGGUUAAGCGCAAAGAAUGGCACAAACAGAUGAAAACAAAAUUAGUAUUUGCCGGUUUGGGAGCGAUUUUAUUAAUAAUUAUAAUACUUUUAUUAGUACAAACAUUUACUGGGAAAUAGUAUGGUUAAUUAAAAACCUAAUGUGGAACUUGUUUAUACAUACCAAAGUAUUAAAUUGUUUUAUAAUUGGAAGUGAAAAUCGUAAAGAUCUUAUUUGCGACACAGCAAUUUACUUAAACGAAUUCACUCAGUCUAUUUUUAA